UUUCUUAGAUUUUCUUAGUCUUUUUUUCUUUUUUUAACUUUUUCUCCAAGUAACAUUUCUUAUGGAAAUAGUCUUAAAUGCUAGUUGAUCAUAAUACAACACGGCAUAUACGACUUGAGCCAAGAGAAACCUGCACCACACCAUGUUUGAACCCGUGCUGUAACUCAGAUCAAGUUUGCGCUGAAAUCGAAUGCAGUGCUUGUCCAACUGUUCACUGCGCCAAUACGGAACAACUUGAAUUGAAAAUCACUAGUACAAUCCAUGACGAAAGUUACGACAAGACUGCAUUAAUCGCUGGUCUAACUACCAGUCUCGUGGUGUUAGCCAUGAUUGCCGCAACGAUAGUCGGUUUUGUGUUCCAUAAAAGGCGUAAAAUUCGAAAACAACAACAAGAAAUCGAGAAGCAAGUCAACAAAGACUUUAUACCGCCAUCAUUUCCACCUCCUGUGAUACCUUCUUCUCCCACUUCAUUUUUACCCUCUCUUUCUGAGACUUCAAGAAGCAGUACAAUACCAAGUUAUUGGUUUUAUACUCAAGCUAUGGACUUUGAUCAUCCUCAAUCGCCAUUUAUCUUUGGUGCUCAUUCGCUUCAAAUUCCGCACUUGGAUGACACAACGACAGGCCAGACAAUUCGUCGAUCACUUAAUAUCCAACCACUACAGCCUAUGCAUUAUUUGAGUCGAGCUUCUUCUGUCCGAAUCACGAAAUACGAUCAUCAUCGCACCAAUAUACCCACAAAUGAAGAGGACGAUGAAGAACUGGAAGAGGUAGCUACUGUCAAACGCGCUGUUUCUGUCAGAAAGAAUAACUCAAUGGGUUCUCGAUCAAGCACGACUACUCGUGUGGGGAGUGUUGCGGAAGAUAUCAAAAUGGCAAAACCAACAAUAGCCCGCAUCAAUACGAUCACGACUCGCAAUGAAGAAGGUGGAGUCACUCGAAAACGAUCUAUACGAAGAAUCAGUCUUUCACAAGACCCACCUUCACCCAACAACACGACAUCCUCCUCCAAUGGCAGCGGUCGUAUUGAUGUUUACUUCUGUCCUCCCACUGAAGAAUCCAUGCAUUCAAAUCAAAGUCAACUAUCUAUUCAGUCCAACUCUACUUUAGGAGACGGAGAGAUUACUGUAUAUUAUAAACCAUCACCUUGAUAUUGUUAGAUAAUAAUUGCCUUUUUCUGUACAUCCUCUGUUGUAAUAACAACAACAAUAAAAAAAAAACGCUAAUAUGUAAAAAGAAAUAAAGA